AUGUUGGCAUCGAAUGCGGUCCGCUUAGCAAUAUCGAAAGGUCUUCAUCGCCAGCCUGCAUCUACUUGGAAUCGGCCACAGCACGAGACUCGCAAACGCAGCAAGCUGUUCUGGAUUCUCUAUACACUUGACAGACAGAUCGCCUCUCGAUCCGGACGUCCACCGGCCAUUGACGACGAUGACAUCAGCUGCGAUGCGCCUGAGACUUUAUUACCCGCCGACUCUUCGAGCGACACAUUUUGCACAAUAUGCAUCAAGCUCAGUCAAAUUCAAUCUCGGGCAUAUAAACGCCUGUCUAGUGCUCGAGCUCUUCGCCAGUCCGCGGAGGAGCUGAUCAGAGCAGUGGCUGAGCUGCAUGAAGAGGUUAUCUUGUUCAAGCGUACUAUCAACCAUAUUAUCGACCUUGACGAACAACUAGAUGAGAUGCCGAUGCCACGGAUGAUGACUAUGUUCCAGCUGAUUAUGGUUUACUUUCUAUACUAUAGUGUCCUGUUUGAUAUUCACACUCCUCUGAUGCUUCCCUGGUUCCACUUAACCGGGUCAAAACGGUUUGAUACUUUUCAUCCUCAGGUCCAAAAUUCCUGCGCCAUCAUCGCCAGAACGGCGCGCGUGGCUAUACUGGGCUGCAGAUUGGUCCAGCUUGACGCAAACACUCCAGUACUGUGA